GAGAAACCUGGGACCAUGAGGAGCAGCCUGACCCUGGUGGGGACCCUCUGGGCCUUCCUGUCCCUUGUUACUGCUGUGGCCAGUUCUACCAGUUACUUCCUGCCUUACUGGCUCUUUGGAUCCCAGCUGGGGAAGCCAGUGUCAUUCAGCACAUUCCGGAGGUGCAACUACCCCGUACGGGGAGAGGGGCACAGUCUGAUCAUGGUGGAAGAAUGUGGGCGCUAUGCCAGCUUCAGUGCCAUCCCAAGCCUUGCCUGGCAGAUGUGCACAGUGGUGACAGGUGCCGGCUGUGCUCUGCUGCUCCUCGUGGCACUGGCUGCUGUCCUGGGCUGCUGCAUGGAGGAGCUCAUCUCCAGAAUGAUGGGACGUUGCAUGGGAGCAGCACAGUUCGUGGGAGGGUUGCUGAUAAGCUCAGGCUGUGCAUUAUACCCCUUAGGAUGGAAUAGCCCAGAGAUAAUGCAAACAUGUGGGAAUGUCUCCAAUCAAUUUCAGUUAGGUACCUGUCGGCUUGGCUGGGCCUAUUACUGUGCUGGAGGUGGAGCAGCUGCAGCCAUGUUGAUCUGCACUUGGCUCUCCUGUUUUGCUGGAAGAAACCCCAAGCCUGUUAUAUUGACAGAGAGCAUCAUGAGGAACACCAAUUCUUAUGCCAUGGAGCUUGACCAUUGCCUCAAACCUUGAGUUUUGGCAGAAGAUUGGAGAAGGUGGGAAAGAGAAGGGAAGAGAGCCUUGAAAAGAGGCACUAAGACUAGGCCACUUGCUACCCACCUGCUAGUAGUGUAGCCUAGUGUUUGCAUGCUUUUGAACUCACUGUUUGUUCAUUUUCACUUUUGUUUAAGCCAGUGCGUCAGCAGCUAUUUACAGAAUUCAUCAAGAACUGUGAUUCCCUCAAAUGUUUACCUAGCUAGUGAGUACCCACUAGCCCUCAAGUCCCA